AUGUCAGAAGUAGAGAAAGAUGUUGAAGUUCGUCUGGCGGGUAUUCCUCUGUCCAGGAAGCUGUGCUAUGCCGUGGGAGGUGUGCCAUAUCAGAUUACUACUGCUGCCAUUGGCUUCUCCUUACAGAUUUUCCUGCUAAAGGUUGUACAGGUUCUCGCUAUGCCUUUUGUGGUCCUCUCCUAUGUCCUGCUGUGGUUCAUGCCCCAAGACUCCAUGUCUCAAGCUUUCAGUGUUCCCUGGUACCUCACAGCAAGCUGCCUGUUUGAGACCCUCAUGACUUGUUUUAAUGUGCCUUAUCUUUCGCUGAGCAUGUUUUUGGGUGGAGACCAGAGAGACAGAGACUCUACCACAGCCUACAGGAUGAGUGUGGAAAUGCUGGCGAUGCUGGUGGCCUCAGCAAUUCAGGGUCAGGUUGUGGCUGUAUACAACACAGAGAGGGCUGCAGCCUGUCAACAGCUUGACACCCCUGUGCCACAGACAGUUACACAUCCCUGGCGUAAGGCUUUCCUGACCUCAGCGCUGGUCAUAGGCGGGCUGUUCUUCCUCUGCUGCCUGGUCCUCUUCCUGGGGGUGAAGGAGCAGCAGGGUGAUCUGGCUAGAGUGCGUCUGUCCUAUCUCACCACUCUAAAGAUGUUAGUGUGCCACAUUCCUUACCAACGACUGGUCCUUGGCCUCCUCUUUGCUGCACUUGCCUUUCAGAUGUCUUUGGGGAAUUUUGCACUGUUCUGUACCCAUGUAGCUGGGCUUGGGGCCCAGUUCCAACACCUUCUCCUGGCUCUGCUGAUAACAGCCAUUAUAGCUGUUCCACUGUGGCAGGCAAUCCUGGUACGAGUUGGGAAAAAGACCACACUCUUCAUCGGCCUAUCUCUCUUCAUCCCAGCUGUAACAAUCAUAGCUUGUGUACCCAAUAACCUGCCUGUCUUUGUGACCAUGUGUGUGAUGUUAGGAUUCAGCUUGGCAACCAUGUUCCUGCUGCCUUGGUCCAUGCUCCCGGAUGUGGUAGAUUACUUUGCCUUGAGAAACCCCUGCUGCAAGGACCUGGAGCCCCUGUUUUUCUCCUGCCAUGCCUUCUGCAGUAAGCUGGGGGGAGGUCUGUCUGUUAGAAUCUCAACCAUGACAUUACAUUUUGUGGGGUAUCGUGCAGGUGCUUGUAGCCAUAGUGAGGACAUGGUGACUGCUCUUAUUGUGCUGUUUGCCCCUGUGCCCAUCACCCUACUGCUGGUAGGGCUGGUCUUCUUCCACCUGUAUCCCAUCAACGAGGAUCGACUCCUCCAGCUCCAGAGAGAGCUAGGAAGAGAGUGAGACAUUCACACUCCUUCUAAUAGGCUGCCUUGGUGCUCCUACUAUGACAAUAGCUUCCUCUCUAAA